AUGUACCAGCUGGCCUGCUGCUUGCUCUUUAUAGGAUUCUUAAAUCCUCUCUUCUCUCUUCCCGUUGCUGACCCCAGCGUCGUGUCCCUCCAGCUCCCAGCACCUGAGGAAGAUGCAAGGUCGGGCCUGGAGGAGCUGGAGAGAACAGAAAUCCUGCGACUGCUGCCAGAGGAGCUGGGCCCAGGGAGAGGCCAUGGGCUCGGGGACGCAGAUCCUAGUGCCAACAUUUCCAACUCAAGAGGCCAUCUGAGAAAGGUUCUCCCUGGACAGGACCCUAACAUUCUUCUGAGUCACCUCUUGGCCAGAACCAGGAAGCAGCACAAGCAGCACGGGCCCCCCGUGGAGUGCUUCUGGAAGUACUGUGUCUGAGGCCCAGGCACGGCU